GCGAAACUGCGGACGAACAGCCUGUCAGCCAGAGUUUUCUCCAGGUUUACUCCUAGAAUAAAAAUGGCCCAAGUUCACCCAGGUUGCAGACAUCGACGGGCUGUGGUUGAAAGUUUAAAGUUCAUUUCAAGGAGCAGGUGGACGGACAGCAGAACAUUUUCCCGUCUCUCCGCCGCUACAGCCGGACUCCUCUCUGUCGUCGUCGCCGUCUUGUGCUUCGCUACAGCGUCAGCAGAGACGAUAGUUGCGUACGAGAACGAGACGGUCACGCUGCCCUGCCGAACCAACCAGACCAGCGACCUGCUCACCGUGGAGUGGUCCAAGGCCGGGUUGAGCCCCAACAUCACCCUCCUGUACCGCAUCGGCAGAGAGACCGUGGAGGAGAAGAACCCGGCCUUCCUCAACAGGACCAGCCUCUGGCUGGAGGAAGUGAAGCGCGGCGACAUCUCCCAGGUCGUCUCCGGGCUCAGGCUGUCUGACGGCGGCCGGUAUCUGUGCAGGACCAUGGUGGGGAAGCAGCGGCAGGUUGAAGCAGCGCUGGAUCUCAUUGUGGGUGCUGCGUCUGAGCCGAAGCUCGCCUUCGUUCGCUCUGGUGACAACGGGAGACUGACACUGGAGUGUAGCGCCGAACGCUGGUUCCCAGAGCCGGAGAUAACGUUCUACGACGAGAAAGGCAAUAUGAUUGAAGCCGAAGACCCGCGGACUGAUCUGGACUCAGCUGGAAGGUUUAACGUUAAAAGGAGAGCGUCUUUGCAGAUUGUCACCGGCAGCGUGACCUGCCAUGUUCACCAGCCGCUGUUGAAGAAGACACAAUAUGCAAAUAUUUAUAUUCCAGAUGACUGCAUGAGAUCCUGCACCUACAGCAUCGUGUGGAGUGGAGCGGGAACCGCAGCUCUACUUGCAUUAUGUGCGGUCGCUUAUUUUCUGUGGCAGAAAUUUGGAUGCUCCUAUUGCAGGCAGAAAUCACCUAAACCACUACAGCCGCCCAGUCUCAGUACGGAAAAUGCCAUCAACACUCAGUUACAAGAACAGCUACAAGCACAAAUCAAAGGGCUGGAGUCACACAUUUCUGAAAAAGAUGAAAUUAUUGCCAAACAAAAAGCAAAACUAGAAGAACUUAAAUCCCAACUCAGUGCUGCUCAACAGCAAAACCAACCUACAACCAACUCCUCAUCCUCACCUGAUGCGUCUCACCAAGUUACCCAAACCCUUGACCACAGCAAUGCACCACCAGCAGCCACAUCAGCGAGCCACAAUCCAAAGUCUGGGAACGUGUCCAAGGCGAAAGACCCCAAACCGGCUGGUUCAGGACAAGUCCCUGCUCCUCCUAAAAAGGACAGACCCAAAAGCACUUCUGACCUUUCCACAAACAAAAGUUCUCCCUUCCCCAGUUUUUCCUCAGCUUCCGCUUCGAAAGACAACAAACCUGCCCGCUCUGUGAGUUUUUCCGGUUCUCAUGCUGGUGUUCCCAGGUCUCCCCGAAGGUACACCAUCGGAAGUAACCCCUUCAGCGUUCUGGCAGAUCUAACCGAAGAGUCAGAGGCUCUGAUCCAUUAACAUGGAAUACUGAGACAAAUAAACGACAUAGCAUUUAAGCUUGUGAUGGAUACAGAUAAGGUCACGAUAUAAAAAAUGGGACAGACCCGUUCCAAAAUGGUACUUCAAGGUUUUCUUUCUUUCAAAUUAGGGUUCUCUGAAGUCUCUUACCUAGUUGGUAUCUUAAAUUACGGCAGACACCUGAACUGAUGUCAGGAACUCUAUUUAAAAAAACAGAUCUGGUCAGUAUAGCUCUAAGACCAACGUUGAAUUUGCCAUAUUUCAAAACUCAUUGUUUUCUCCUCUUUGUUUGUCUUUUUACAUUUGUUUUUUUAAUGACAAUCACUUUUCCAUUCCGUUCAUGCUCGGAACAAAUAAUUGUUAAACUUCAGGUUGAUGCGUAUUUUUCUACUUAUCAUCAAACGACUCCUGCCUUCGAAGUAGGAAAAGUCUUUGUCGAGCUAGAACUAGUUUUGCUCAGAAACAAGUCAGAAGCAAAUGGUGUUUAGCUAAUACCCGUCAUAAUUAUUAUGAUGACAAACGGGUGCAGUUGGGAGAUAAAUGGUGCCGACCGUCUUCUGGUGCUGCAGUAACAGUUUUUAAAGAACACACUCAAUCUCAUGUGCUGGUCUUGUUUACGGGGGCAUUGUUUUUUAUUGAUAUAUAUAUAUAUUUUUGUAGCACUGCUUGUCGCGGGUGGUUCAGAGUAUUUGUGAGUUUUAAUUUUAUAGCUAGCAUUAACUUUUAAACUUUAAGUUUUGACUUCUUGGUGAGACUUGUGGCUUAUUACAACUGUUUACAGCUGAUUUUAAAAAUGCAGUUAAAGGUGAAGGGUCCACAUUUUGUAAGCUUUAACUAUAAAUUAUGACAGUGUUCGAAAGGAGAGUUUGUUAAAUAUUGUCUACAUAUCUGAUGACACUUUAUCUUCAAAUAUAACUUUAUUACUCUUAAAACAAGUGAAUCAUAUUUUCUGUGAAUGUAAUGUAAAUAUCUUCUACUCCAAUUCACUACUUUUUGCAGCUCAAAAGUCCUAUUGAAUAAGAUGGUUGAGUUGAACAUUUAUUAAGUAUUAAUGGAUUUUAUUGUAAUUUGUUUCAUGUGUCUAUGAGCCUUUUUAAGAUAUGCAAAUGUGACUUUUUAAAUUUUUAUUUUUUUAUUAUUUUUACUGCAAUAGAGUAAGAAAAUUUUUAUUAAUGUUUAUAGACUUAUAAGAAUAUAUAGAACUACAUGUAUUUGCCUUUCAAAGUUAGCUCUCGCUGACAACUUUAAAACAUGCACACACAGCUCCCCCUGGUGUCCGGAGUGAGAAACACUGUUCGCUUGUGUUUUAGCGGUUUGGGGAAACGUGAGACGUUUAUGUGUUUAAAGUAAAUCAGAUUAUUGUUCAAAGAGCUGAGCCUGUGAUCUGUAUUGUGUGCGUUUCAAAAAUAUUAGAGAUAUCUUAGAGAUUUCAUUCUGUCUGGGACAGAUGUUUCCUACCAAAAUGUUGGUACUCUGUAAAGAUGAAAUGCCUUCAUAUAUUUUUAACAAAUUUGAUAAUGAAUAGAAACUUAAGAAGUUUGGAGAAAGUCUGCAACAUUAAAGCUGAAAAAAAAAAUGUAACGAGUGUCAGCCUUGGUAUUUUUCUUACUAUAUUUUGAAAGUUUUUAAAAGUGCUCUUCAAAAAAAAAAAACCCAUGAAAAAAAUCUGAGCAAGAUGUAAAAAUGGUUGAAGCGUGAUUGAAAGCUGUCGAUAUGAAAUACCACCGGUGACUUAAUAAAAACACAAAACUGUUAGGUUUGAGUGUUUUUGGGCUUGUACAGUAACAACAAUCAGAAGCACAAAGAGGCAUGAAGCUGCAUCAGAACAUAUUCAAUGAAUGUUGAGGUUUCAACUCCG